UGGGUUCCCCCCACCAUCCAUACCAAGCCCUUCAGGUCUGGUAUGGGUUUUGAGGGGAACCCCCCACACCAAAUUUUAAAACAAAAAGGCCUGGGGUCCCCCCCAAAAUCCACACCAGACCCUUAUCUGAGCAUGCAGCCUGGCAGGUCAGGAAAGGGGGGAGGAUGAGCAGGUCCCCCCUCCUGAACCAUACGAGGCCACAUGCCCUCAACCAGCCAGGGUUGUGGAAAAGAGGCCCUUGUCCCUAUUAACAUGGGGACAAGGUGCUUU